AUGGCAGCCAGAGACGAGUACCAGAGUCUCGUAGAUGAUGAAGAUGAUGAAGAUAAUGAUGUGUCGCGGCACCUGAGCCCGCUGUGUGACCCGAGACACCUGCUGCACCGGAUCCUGGUGCUGGUCUUCAUGUGCUUCCUGGGCUUCGGUAGUUAUUUCUGCUAUGACAAUCCGGCGGCUCUCCAGACUCAAGUCAUACAGGACAUGAGUCUGAACACGGCCUCGUUCAUGCAGCUGUACGCCUGGUACUCGUGGCCCAACGUCAUCCUGUGCUUCCUGGGCGGAUUUCUGUUGGACCGAGUCUUCGGCAUCAGGCUGGGGACGAUAAUCUUUUCACUGUUUGUGUUACUAGGGCAGAUCAUAUUCGCGGCCGGUGCUCUGGCCAAUCACUUCUGGCUGAUGAACUUGGGCCGAUUUGUGUUCGGCAUCGGCGGAGAGUCUCUGGCUGUGGCGCAGAACACGUAUGCGGUCAACUGGUUCAAAGGCAAAGAGCUCAACCUCGUGUUCGGCCUGCAGCUCAGCAUGGCCAGACUGGGCAGCACGGUCAACAUGAACGUCAUCGGUUGGGUGUACGGUCGCAUUCAGGCUAUGAUGGGCUCGGCGGGACACACCACUCUCGGGAUCACACUCAUGAUCUCGGCGUCCACGUGUCUGUUCUCGCUCAUAUGUGCUCUGGUUCUGGGCUUCCUGGACAGACGGGCUGAGAAGAUACUCAACAAGGAGCAAGGCAAAACCGGGGAAGUCAUCAAGCUGACCGACGUCAAGGACUUUCCCUUCUCUCUCUGGCUCAUCUUCAUCAUCUGUGUGGCGUAUUACGUGGCCAUCUUCCCGUUUAUUGGACUGGGCCAAGUUUUCUUCAUCGAGAAGUUCAGCUUCACUACUGUCCAGGCCAGAGCCAUCAACAGUGUCGUGUACAUCAUCUCGGCUCCUGCGUCUCCUCUGCUGGGGUUUCUGGUUGAUAAGACGGGCCGGAACGUCCUGUGGGUUAUGCUGGCCGUGGUCACCACGCUCGUGGCACACAUGAUGCUGGCCUUCACCUUCUGGAACCCCUGGAUCGCCAUGUGUCUCUUAGGUUUGUCGUACUCUCUGCUGGCCUGUGCUCUCUGGCCCAUGGUGGCGUUUGUGGUGCCGGAGCAUCAGCUGGGCACCGCGUACGGAUUCAUGCAGUCCAUUCAGAACCUGGGUCUGGCCGUCAUGUCGAUGGCUGCGGGAAGCAUCUUGGACAACAAAGGUUACCUCUUCCUCGAGGUCUUCUUCAUCGCCUGCCUGUGUUUGGCUCUGCUCGCCGUGGUGUUGCUGUAUCUGUACGACUAUCACAAAGAGGGAGAGCUGAACCUGUCAGCCUCGACACGCGCCGGACGAGCCAAAUCUGAGUGAAGGCUCUUCUGCACUGCGUCUGAGCGCCGGUCGUCCGGUCGGCGUCCUUCACCUCGGGCCUUUCUGCACUGACCACUUUCCUCUGACACGUCACACCAGACCACCCACAAUCCUUUAAAUGAGCACCGAUGGACAGACAACAUCCGCACACCUAGAAAUGAUCUUGUGACAUUAUUCUCUUUCGUUUUAAAUCCAAUAUACUCGUUACUGUAAUGCGAAAAAACAUUUAUAAUAUACAAUUUUAAUUUUAAUCUUUUACCAUGUAAUACCUAUAAUUAAAUUCAUUAUGAUUUUUUAAUAAAGAAAUUGUGCCAGGGUAGGAUGAUUUUAAUCACGGUAUUAUUGUAGUUAAUGUGUUUGUCAUGAAAAUAAUGUCACAAGGUCCUAAAAUGUAUUCUUUCCACUUUUCUUCCUUUCUUUUUUAUUUUGGGAUGAAAUAUGAUGCACAUUUCUUCACGGAUGAAUGUCUCAGGGAAGCAUCUUGAAGAUUAUCAAUGUUAAAGAGCUUUUUGUGUCCAGCCUUAGAGACGAGAGAGAUAUUCAGGGUCCGUUCACACAUGACCGUUGACCAGUUCUCGUUGGUUCCUGACCCGAGUCAAACCCCUUUAGUGCUUAAAAGACAUUUCGACAUCUGAACACACUGACAGCACUUACAUCAGGCACAAGAGCAGUGUUCAUGGGCGGUCUGUUUAAAGUGAAUAGUGUGUGUUGGACACACAUCUGUAGCUCUGGACUGGUGAGUGUUCCCGUCCUGACCUUCACUGGACACGUCUCACUCAAUCCCGCUCGACAGAUGCUGCUCAGAGACUGUAAGUGCUCACUGAAUUAACUCGGCUUAUUUGUUGUUGUUGUUUCAGUUUUAAUCGUUUCCAUUAUUCUGGUUUGUUUUGCACAGUCACAUGGUUUUACUUGAAUGAUUUUAUUCCCAAAAAACUCUAGGGUCAAUGUAAAACUGACUAUUUACCACCUGUUUUUCAAGAUAAACUGUCUUACUCAUAAAUGUUGCAAAUGCCAUGUCAUGUUGAUUUUAAAGCAUGAAGAUUUCUUUUGUACUUUAGUUUGGUUAUUAAACUCUAGAGGGCUGAUGGUCUUUUACAUGAAAUCUGCCAGCAAUCACAUCAUGGCUCAAGCUGAUUGGCCUCUGCUGAUCCUGCAGCCAAUGAGAUUGCUUGCUCAACAUUUAAAUGGUCCUCUGAACCCCUCCACCUCCCCAGCUCCACCUGCACAGAUCUGGUACAGGAUUGAUGUGUGUCUGUUAGCAAGGCCAAAUGCAUUAACAUUACCAUAUUUACAGUAUAUAUUUUGAAAGUGUUACAUUGUUGCUUUAAAAUAUAGUGGAAUAUGAACAACAGCAAACAACCUUAUGUUUUCUAUCAGAAGAAUUUGGGGUGAAAUAUAAGAUCUCGUCAUGUCGUUGACAGCAUCAUGACAUUCACACAUGUAUAUGCCUAUAAAUCUUGUACUAUGAUUAUGGCUUCAGCAUCAUCUCUAUGUGAUAUUUCAUUGUUCAGCUUGUAAUAUUUGAUAUGAAUUUCUAUGAGUCGAUGAACAAGUAUUUUCAGUUGAAGCAUCUGCACGGAUGAAGCUCUGUCAGGUGUUUGAUUCGCACCGCUGCAGUGCAGCACCGAGACUAUUGAUUGGUCUUCACUCUCAAUCUGUCACUGACUCUCUUGUAAUAAUAAUAAUAAAAAAAAGAGAUCUA